CAUCGCCAGAAGUAUGCAGUUCGCGGUUCUCCUGAUCAGCGUCUUGUGGGGGGCUGCCCUGGCCUAUCCCAUGAAGAAUAAAUAUGAUAUUGCAAACAACAAUAUGAAGACUGCUGCAAAGAUGACUAUGGAAGGAAUGGCAAACAACUACAUGAAGCCUGCUGCAAGGAUGAAUACAGAAGGAGUGGCUAACAACGACAUGUGGCCUGCUGUAAGGAUUAGCAUGGAAGGAAUACAGAGGAUUCAUGCAGACUAUGUGGACCUGGGAGGCACGACUAUGGGUGGAAUACAGAGGAUUAAGGCAGAUUUUUUGGAUCUGGGAGACACUACUAUGGGUGGAAUACAGAGGAUUAAUGCAGAUUUUUUGGAUCUGGGAGACACUACUAUGGGUGGAAUACAGAGGAUUAAUGCAGAUUUUUUGGAUCUGGGAGACACUACUAUGGGUGGAAUACAGAGGAGUAAUGCAGACUAUCUGGAGCUGGGAGGCACGACUAUGGGUGGAGCAGCUGCCAUAAAGACUAAGUCAACUCGAGGAAAUGGACGUCCUCAAGGUCGGCGUGGACAACAAAAUGCCCAGGGUUCUGGACUACUUCAGUUUCCUUCAGGUAGCGAUAUUGUAGCACCCAAUGGAACAACCUGGAAAGUUGGAGUUCAGAUGGAAGAUAUGGGCAGCAGAAUGUUUUCAAAGAUAGGACACGACCAGCUCCGCAUGCAAAACGAAACGUGA